UCAUCAAAGUCAGUCAUACGAAAAUCAGUCAUAGUGAAAGUGAAAAAAUGAAAGCUUCCAAGUGCUUAGUUCUCGCUGUCACAUUAUCACUACUGGUAACGGUAGCCGUUGGCCACUUCCAUGUGGCUGAUGAGUCCCAAGUGCACAACGAAUUCGAAUUCGAAACCGAAACCGAAACCGAAACUGAAAACGAAUGGGAAGCAAAUGAAAGCUAUUCGGAAUACGACACGGAAGCCGCACAAGGAAAUCACACUGAAAAACUGUUGAGCGCACAAGCGAGAGCAACUCUGCCUUCAUUCACAAGAAAAUACAUUGUCACAUUGGUUAAGUUGAAUUGGUACGCCGCUAAUGCGUUUUGUGAGCAAAAUGGUUGGUCUCUCAUUCACAUCGAAACCGUGACGCAGCAAUUUCAGACUUUGAAUUACUUAAAUUAUUUUAAUCUACAAAGUAACGACUUCUGGACCGGCGGCAAUAAGUUGGCCGAUUUGCAGAAUUUCCGCUGGAGCUACGAAGGUCCCAAGUUCAGUUAUUCCAAUUGGGGUUUCGGCCAGCCGGACAACUCUUUGGGCAGUCAACAUUGCGUCAAGCUGGAAGCGAGUUCUCUGAAAUGGCACGAUGAUUUCUGCGAGAAUACCUACCACUUUAUAUGCCAAAUAGAUGAAGAGGAGUAAUAACGGUAGCACGAGGAUCACAACGAAUAGAACAACCGACUCUUGGUAUUCUUGAAACGCGGUUUGAAUGAUUAAAGCAACAGUGUCGCACGAAGAAAAUGGCCAAUUUAAAGGAUCUUCAAUCCGAACCUUAUAAUAAUCGAAAAUGAAGAUAAUGAAAAGCAUAAUUCUAUUAGAAAAUUUAAUAAAAAUUACCAAUAAGAAUACAUUUGUGGAAGAAGAAGAAGAAAA